UUUCAUACUAUUUGUUUUUAUUUUUUCAGGUUAUUCUUGUGCUACAUGACUGGGGUUCUAUACUUGGAUUUCAUUGGGCAAAUAUGAAUCGUGCAAGAGUUCAGUCUAUUGUUCACAUGGAGAGUUUCGUCACACCGCUUUCCACACAACCUGAAACCGAGUUUUUCCGUCAAUUGAGAUCCGAAGCGGGAGAACAGAUGAUAUUGGUGAACAACCUUUUCAUCGAGAAUAUUAUGCCCGCAAACAUCAUCCGAAACCUGACUGAAGAAGAGAUGAAUGAAUACCGCAGACCUUUCGUCAAUCCCGGAGAAGAUAGAAGGCCAACUUUGACUUUUCCGAGACAAGUACCAAUCCUAGGUGAGGGUCCCGAUGACGUGACGAUGGCGGUGAAUGCAUACGCCAAAUGGUUGUCAACAACUUCUCAUACCUAAGAUGCUGAUUCUCGCAAAACCUGGAGGAUUGUCCAACAUCACCAAAGAAGUUGCAAAAGAUUGGCCCAACCAACAGAUGAUAACGGUGAAGGGAAUUCAUUUUAUUCAAGAAGAUUCUCCGAAAGAAAUAACAGACGCCAUUUACUGCUUCCUG